ACAAUGCCUUCCACUCAGAAGAGUACCAAAGAAUCAUUCUUCGACAUAGCUGGAUUCCCUAAAGUACUCGGUGCAAUUGACUGCACACUCGUACCCAUAAUGCCGCCGAAACGUGACGAAGUAGCCUACGUUUGUCGGAAGGGUUACCAUGCACUGAACAUACAGGCAGUAUGUGAUGCCAACAUGAGAUUUACAAACUGUGUCUUCAAGUGGCCUGGCUCUGUCCAUGACAGUUAUAUAUGGAAUAACUCUGCCCUUGGUAAGUACUUUGAAAAGAAGAAUAUUGAUGGAUGGCUACUUGGAGACUCUGGAUAUGCCUGCAGACCAUGGCUGCUGACCCCUGUGCUCAAUCCCAGCUCGGAAGGACAGGAGAAAUACAAUAGAUGCCAUAUCAAGACACGGAACACAAUAGAGAGAACAUUUGGCUUGUGCAAGUCAAGAUUUAGAUGCCUUCACAAGACAACUGGUGUCUUACAAUUCACCCCAGAAAGGAGUUUGUGUGUUGUCCGGGCUUGUUUUUUGUUGCAUAACAUGUGUAUCAAUGAAAGACUGCCACUCCCCCAGGGCAUUGCUUCAUAUGACAGAUGUGAGUUCAAUGCCGUGAAAUGCACUCACUUUGUCAGAAUAUCCUCCCAUAUCUUCUUCUUCCGAUUGUUUGUGAUGCAAGAAGAAAAAGAUGAAAACAACACAUCUUAA